CGCAAGAGAAAAUUAGAUGGCCGAGGCGCUCAGGUUGUGGGAUGCAUGCAUGCUCAAGUCCCGGAGGACAAAGCGGAAGCGUACGUGCCUGGCGCUCUUUGGUGGCUGUCAAAACAAACGCUCUGUUUAGUGCAGCACAGUACGGCCCAGGCAGCCUCUGCUCAAAAAGCCCCGCUGUACAGUGUUCUCGCUACCCAACUACUCACACGCCACAGCCCCUCCAUCUGCAGCCCCUGCCCCUACUACACUCUGUCGCUGGUUCGCUUGUCUCUCAUCUGCAGCCCUUCCGUCACAGGACCGCUUUGGCGCUUGAACACACGCCACAUGCAUCCGACAGAAACACUGAACAACGCGAUGACCGCCCACGCUAGCAGCCAGCCAUUCCACUCUCGCCUUUGUGGGCCUUCUAGUCAUAAGGAGGACGGAAUUGGCUCGCUUGAAUGGAUGAUGAGCCGUCCUCCAUCCUGACCCAGGUCUUGGUGCGCGUGAAAGAGGGGUCUGAUAGGUCGAUUUGCAGAAGGCGCGCCCCUCUCGCCCACUUCCCAUAGCCGCCAUAUCCAGUGUGCCGGCCAAAGCAGAGCAUGAUUGAAGAGCUGACACAGAAGGAAGAUCAUCCCAUCAGAUGUUCGACUCGUUCGGGAGUGCAGCACUCACCCCCGCGGAGCGCUGCUGUCUGUGGUCUCCUCGCGCAGCGUCACCUCACCGCGGAGAAAGGGUCCAGAUGUGUUUGCAGGACUCAGUGAAGACGGCUGCUGGGGCGUCGUCAGCUCAAUGGGGCAGCAGUAGUCAUUGCCUGCACAACACAGAAAAUGCACAUGCGUGUGAUGCGGCGGGCUGCUUCUGCUCCUCGACACACUCACCGUGAUCAUGGCCCACGAAAAUGUACUGCACGUGUGCUGCCACUGCUGCGGCAAACACGCCCGUGUCGACCUCUGUUGGAUUGAUUUCGUCGUCGAUCAUGCCGAAACACCUGUCAAAUCCGCACAGUGGCCUCCCUCCCCUGGAUGCGUCUGUCCUUCGCUCACUUACCGUGGCCCGAGUGUGUUUGGGGUGCUGUAGGUAUAUUCCUUGCAAGGAAUGUGCAUGUACAGAAAGGCCGGCAGCACCCCGUACCUCUCCUCCAUCUCUCGUGCCUUUGCUGAGAACCACCUCACUUGGUCCUCCUGCAUCCAUCGACAAAGCACCAGCUCACUGUGCCACCGAUAUCAUCCACGCAUCUCCCUUGAGCAUACCCGUAUGAUCUCCUUGAUCGAUCCGCCCCCACUGUCAAGAAACCACAAGAGAGCUGCCGGCUGACCCCUUGCAGCAUCAAUAUCACUCCGAUACACCUCGAGCACAUAGUUAGUGACUCCACCGGCCAUGCUGCUGACGAACAUCGACUCAGUGAGGGACCCAGGAAGCGACAUGUCGUACUGCAGAAGUGCCAUCCUGCGCGACAGAUCAUCGUGGGGUGGGUGUCGAAACGGCUCAUCAGAAUCGUCAUGAUUGCCAAACACCAUGGCGAAGGGCUUGUUGUGGCGUCGCACAGGGCCCGUCAGCAUGUCCCAGUAGCGCGUCGCAUUCUGCCGAUACGUGGUGAUCUGGUCGCCAGUGAAUACAACCAAAUCAGCCUGGUCUUCAAGAGCCAGAAUGGUGUCCAUCACGGCAACGCUCUUGCGGUCCUGGGAUGGCCCCCACCACAGUGAUGGCUGCUCGUCGAAAUGCAGAUCUGCACACAAACGACACAAAACCAUCAUCACAUCAGGAUGCACACCCCUGCAUACCAUGCCUAAGUCAUCACCUGCGAACUGGACGAUUGUGAAUUUUCCGUCUGAUUGUGCCACCAGCGGCCUGCGGACGUGACUGAGCUCUUCUCGUUCGUCAGCAUCAGAUGCCUGAGAGGAACAUCAGCCAGGCACACCACAGCGACAGGCAGAUGCAGCUUGGCGUUUGUCCUGGAGGUGCGCCUUUUGCUUGCGUGCAUACCCCGCGCUGUAUCGCCUCCAUUGCUCCUCGUUCUUCGGCGACACCUGCUCUCUCAUCCUGCAGACGUCGGGGCGUGCUCAGGCGGGGCGCCUCGCCACUUGCGCAUGCCACAAGGGAGAGCAGUGACACAAGACCAAGGCUCAUGAUGAAGGUUGAC